AUGGGUAUAUACAAUAAUGAUAGAGACGAAGAAAUGUUAAUGACAGUAGCGACAACGGAUAUCAGACUGCCGGUGGAGCGGCUCGGCCGAAUCAACGUAGUCCGUCUUCAAAGAGAUGUCCGUCUUCAUCACGAUCUGAUUCGGCGCGAUCGGCUCGUGGCUGCGCACGCUGUCACUCUCCAGGUUCGUCCACUGGCCCGCGGUGCCCCGGCUCCUGGUGCCUCCGCCGUGGCUGGAGAAGGCGCUGAGUUUGUAUGUCGGUUUGCUGCGCGACCUCCGGCUGGCGCUGAAGGACGGGAACAGCUUCGGGAAGGCGUACUUGAUCGGGUGCUUGAGGUAGGGCAAACACGCGCAGAUGAUGCCGCAGCUGGCCUCGACGGAGCUCCAGAGCAGCGCGUCGAACGAGCCCCAGGUCGGGUCCUUGGUCGUGGUGCUCUCGACCAGGGCGUGCAUCCGGAUGAUGCUGGUGAUGCAGACGAACAGACCCAGCGCGAACAUCAGCAUGACGCCGAUCUUGCGCGCCAGGUCGAGCUGCAGCCGCGCCAGCAGCGGCAUCGGCAUCAGGAACACCCACAGGUCAGUAACGGUGUUGUAGCCGGCCCACCACCACCGGAACCACGAGUUGUUGAUGCAGUGUCUGUGGACUUUCCUAUUCCACGAGCCCUCGAUGGGCACGCACUGGAAGACGGUCGCGAACACGAAACCGAGAACGCCGCACACGAUGACCGCCAUCGUCACGUAACAGAUGUGGUGGAAUUUCUUGCUGGGGAAAAUGCGCAGGUAGAAGACGACGAAGGACAGUUUGGUCAGGCAGAGAACUAG